AUGCAGGCAACCUACCUACCGACUCCAAGGCAUUCUUUCCCAUCUAGUGAGCAAUUUCAAAAGAAGCUGUCGGCACUGACGAUAAGUUCACUAUCGACUGGUCUCCUUACCCCAACCUCCAACACCCACAACGACUACAAUUUCCGCAAUUACAUGGCACCCGUUUCAAACAAGAGAACCAACAAGAUGAGCAAUGGAAAGCGCGAUGACUCCCAAGAACCGCUUGCGGCUCGGUUCGCCAAAAGAAUAAAGCUCUCACACGAUGUGCCAGUGACGAGUUCUUCGGUCAAACUCCCAGCUGCCUCUUUGAGGAUUCCUUUCCCCGAAAAGCCUGCAGUUAUUGAGGAACGAAACGGUGAAAUCGAAUUCCGCGUGGUCAACAAUGACGGCAGCCGAGAGCACAUGAUCAUAUUGACAAGCCUCAAGUGCCUGUUUCAAAAGCAACUUCCAAAGAUGCCCAAGGACUACAUUGCCCGCCUCGUCUACGAUCGCGCCCAUCUGUCGCUCGCCAUCAUCAAGAGACCGUUGGAGGUCAUAGGCGGGAUAACCUUUCGAGAGUUCCGCCAGCGGGAGUUUGCCGAGAUUGUGUUUUGUGCCGUGUCGUCCGACCAGCAGGUCAAAGGAUAUGGAGCCCACCUCAUGGCCCAUCUCAAGGACUACGUCAAGGCAACCUCGCCAGUGAUGCAUUUCCUCACAUACGCGGACAAUUACGCGACGGGUUACUUUCAAAAGCAGGGCUUUUCUAAGGAGAUCACCCUCGACAAGGCCAUAUGGAUGGGUUACAUCAAGGACUACGAGGGAGGGACGCUAAUGCUCUGCUCGUUGGUCCCUCGAAUUCGAUAUCUGGAGGCCGGUCGUAUGCUUCUGAAACAAAAAGAAACCGUGCAGGCCAAGAUUAGGUCUCUGAGCAAAAGCCAUGUCGUCCAUCAGCCGCCUGCUCAAUGGAUCGUUCAGAGCAACAGCGGCGCCGCUCUCACCCCCAUCGAUCCUCUCUCCAUCCCAGCCAUUCGAGCCACAGGCUGGUCCCCAGACAUGGAUGCCUUGGCCCGUCUCCCUCGUCGCGGACCUCACUUCAAGGAAAUAAGACGCUUCCUGUACCAGAUCCAAAACCACAAGCAGGCGUGGCCUUUUCUGGCCCCCGUUAAUAGAGAUGAAGUUCCGGACUAUUAUAAGAUUAUAGCCAACCCGAUGGAUCUCUCUACGAUAGAGGAGAGACUGGAACACGAUGCAUACGCGACACCUAAGGAUUUCAUUGCGGAUAUGAAGUUGAUUUUCAGCAACUGUCGGAAGUACAAUGAUGCCACGACGGUGUAUGCCAAGUGUGCGGCGAAGCUGGAGAAGUACAUGUGGGGUCUGGUGAAGGAGAUCCCGGAGUGGUAUGAGCUGCUUGAGGGCCAAUGA